GCCCUUGUAUCCUACAUCCCACCACCGCCAUCAGUGGCAGCAGCAGCAGCAGCAGCAGCAGCAGCAGCACCAGCAGCUGCUGAUAAUUACCCCCCCAGUCGCCUUGCGUUAGCCCUUGCCCCAUCCGCCCCUCACCCCAUCCAGCUCGUUCCCCCCAUGCCUGGUGCCAUGCCCGCUGCCCCCCUGCCGUUUAGAAGGCCAGGGGGAGGGGGAGGGGGAGGGGGAGGAGGGGGAGGGGGAAUUGGGGGAGGAGGAAUGGGGGGAGGGGGAGUGGGAGCGUGGGGAGCGGCUGUAGCAGGGGGACAGGGAAGGGGAAUUCCCAUGGUUGCUGUUUAUCCUGAUGCUGCCCCCACUGGUCUUAUGGCAGUCAGAUCAGCCAUGCAGGGGCUGACACGUGGCACUGUAACAGUCAGCGGCAGCAGCAGCAGUGGAAGCGGUUUUAGCGGAGGGAGCGGGGAACAGUGUGAGAAGGCUAUCAAGCAGCUAGAGAUGCUGCUUAAAACGGGACGGGUUUCAAGGGCGGAUAUUCUGGCUGGAGUGCACGAGAAGUGUACAGUGCUGCUGGAACAGAUUGUCCCUCCCUCCCGCUCCAAUGCUCUUGUACGCCUUAUAAGCAAGGGCAUAUCGCACGCUACAAGCACCAACAUUUCUACACCUCCAACCGAAGAUAUUUUCCAAUCCGACCCCUCCUCCUGUCUCAUUGGUUCCCUCCUCUCCGCUAUAGUCACACUCUCUUGGAGCCCCUCCUCAUGCUUCUUCGAUAUAAGCAUCAAGCCUGUAGCGAACAUCACUGUACGCCGGCUGCUGCUUAUCGAUUUUCUGAACGCGGUGUUUUGGCGGGGAGGGAAGGCGUGCGUGGGCGCGGCUGUGGAGGGGUUGGGAGGGGUGCGGAGGGUUGACAGGUGGAUUGGCGUGCGGGAGGAAUCGCUUCCCUCAUCUCAAGAGCUUGCUGGCUGCAAGCCAGUCGCUAUGGCGAAGCACAAGGCGUCGACGAGCCGCCUCAACAAGAUCGAGACGCGCAAAAAGGCGAAGCGCGAGAAGCGCAACCUCCGCGACCGCCGCCGCCGCGCGAUCUCCUUCGCAGUUGCCGCCGCAAAUCUCGGCGCGGAGACGCAAGAUCUGCUCGUGCCGUCGACGCAGCAGCGGCAGAAGCAGCAGCCGCCGCGAGCGGCGCCCGCGAAAGCCGGCCGGGAAGCUUCGAAGAAGCGGCGGAAGACGAAGCCGACGGGGCUGCAGAUCUACUGGCAUUUGGCCUCCGUGAGACGCGGGCCGCGAGAAACGGCGGCGGUGGCGCUGGUUUCGGAGUUAACGGCGGCGCAGAAGGCGUAUUUGCACGCGCAAGGUGGGGGGAAGAAAGGCGGGGGGAAUGUGAAAAACCCUGACGGAAAUGGGUCGACGAAGGGUUCAGGACUUAAGAAGGGUUCAGAAGAUGAGAGUUCGGAAGAGGAGGAAAAUGAGCAGAGUGAAGAGGAGGAGAGUGAGGAGGAAGAGGAGGCGAGUGAGGAGGAGACAGAGGACGAAGAGGAGAGUGGGGAAGAGGAGGAAGAAGAGGAGCAGGAGGAGGAGGAAGAGGAGGAGGGCGAAGAGACGAAGAGUAUUUUGAAGCUGGAGGGGUGUUGCGACGAGAUUAACUACGCCGUUAAGCGGCUGAUCAGAGGCCUUGAGUCGUCCCGCGGGGGCGCAAGACAAGGCUACUCGGUGGCCCUCGCCGUCUGUCUCCGCGCGCUGCCUUCUUUGCACCCGUUAAACCCCAAAUCUUUCACCCGUACACCACUGCCCCCAUCUCCCCACCCACCCCCACCAGGGCGCAAGGCAGGGCUACUCAGUGGCGCUCGCCGCCUGUCUCCGCGCGCUGCCCUCGCUGCACCCUCACCUGCCCGCCAUCGCGGCUGCUAUUCCGCUGCUCAUUCCUCUACCCAACAACGCCCGGGGAAAGCCCUGUUUGGUCGCAUGUUCGCCCUCGGUGCUCUCGUCCGAAGCGGCCUUCUCGCCUCGCCUUCCUCCCUGUCCUCUGCCACCGAAAAGCCAGCAGCAGCAGCAGCAUCAGCAGCAGGGGGAGGUGGCGGGGAGGUGGGGUGGGUGGUGGGGAGGGGAGGGUGGUUACCGGGGGAGGUGGUAUCUCAGCUGGUGAGGAUCGGCGAGCAGCGGUCUUUCCUCGCCGAGCCUGCGACCGUGUUAUUGGUGUCUCUCGCAUCACAGCUCCCCUCCUCCUCCCUCCCGCGCAUACUCGCCCUGCCACCCAUCUCCGCCUUUCUCUCUCAAGACCCCUCCGAGUCUUCCCCCGAGGCCCUGCACCUCGCGCUCAAGCUCUUCCGGCCUCCUCCCUCCCGCGCAUACUCGCCCUGCCACCCAUCUCCGCCUUUCUCUCUCAAGACCCCUCCGACUUCCGGCCUCCUCCCUCCCGCGCAUACUCGCCCUGCCACCCAUCUCCGCCUUUCUCUCUCAAGACCCCUCCGACUUCCGGCCUCCUCCCUCCCGCGCAUACUCGCCCUGCCACCCAUCUCCGCCUUUCUCUCUCAAGACCCCUCCGAUUCUUCUCCCGAGGCCCUGCACCUCGCGCUCAAGCUGUGGCAGCUGGGGGAAGCAGGGGUAGGGGGAGGGGAGGGAGGAGAGGACGGUGGAGAGGAAGGAAAAAGAGGAGCAGGAAAAAAAUCGGGGAAAAAAGGGGCCAAAGGGCGGAAAAAUGCUGCUGGAGCAGGGGCGGAGACGGGCAGCGGAAACACGUUUCUGCGCACACUGCUGGGACUCUGCCCGCUGCUGCCGCAGUCGGGCCGGGCAGAAGAUUUUUUCAGCGCUGCCCAUCUGGAGAAGCUGCUGCCCGUGCUGCAAAAUAGUUCCUCCUCGCACCCACGCCUGCAUGCAGUGUGGGCCUUGCUUCUUGACCUAGACAAGGGAUUAAUCCCUUCCUCUCACGAAAGGAGGUAUUUGGCUAUUAAUCUCCUGCUCCUCCUAAUCCCGCGCCUCCCUCCCACCACCACGGCCCACGUGAUCCUCUCUCGACCAAUCACGCGCUGCCUAAUGGACGCGCUGGGCGCGGGGAGCAGGGCGCACCUGUUCCCGCUGAGUCAGCGCUGCGUCGCGCUGAUUCAGCGAUGGCCCACACUGGGGGAAGCGGGGGAAGGGGAGGGGGAAGGGGAAGGGGAAGGGGAGGAGGGGGGUGACGGGGAAGCGGAGGGAGGAGGCAAGCAGGGGAAGGAAGGGAAGGAGGCGGGAGGAAAGGAGGGGAAAAUAAAGGCGUCGAAACCAGCACUAGCAGCAGCACCACCCGCAGCACCAGGAGCAGCGGCAACAGCAGCAGCAGAAAUGGAGUCAGCAGCAGCAAGGCUCGCCAUUCUCACCACCCUGCAGCAGCACUCUAAAGGGCAAUUCGAUACAGUCACACGCAGCAACGCUGUCCGCAUGCUUGCAUCGGGGAUUCAUGGGGUUGAAGGGGAGAGGGCGUAUUAUGGGUUUCUGCAAGCUGUGUUUGCCCGCCCAGGGGAGUUUGCGGGAGGGGGCGAGGAGGUGGAGAAGGGGAGAGGCGGGGACGGGAGGGGAGGGAGAGGAGGGAAGGAAGGGAAGAAGGGGAAGGAAGGGAAGGGGGGGAGUGGGGUUGGGGAGGGGAAAGGAGGAGGGGAGAAGGAGUGGGACAGAGAGGCGGAGGCGGAGAAAUGGAGGUUUUGGGCUUUGGAUCAAAUGUGCAGGCUGGUGGCUAAACCAGUUCCCAAACCCGCGCUUAGCUUAAGAAAAACGCUUAAGCAGCUUCAGAAGAAGAGUGUUUUGAAGGCGGAUGCUAUAACGGCGGAUGGAGCGGGAGAAGAGGAGGGGAAGAAGGAAGGGGGGGAAGUGGAGGUGAGAGAGGAGGAGGAGAGGAGGAGGAGGGAAGCAGAGGAGGCAGUGAAGGGAGUGUGGGAGCAUGUGACUUUAAUGAAGGUGAUUCUCGGGUUCAUAAUGAGAGUCGUUCUGAAGGGGGAAGGGUUUCAGCCUGAAAACUGUGGGAAGGUGGCAGGAGGAGGGGAGGAGGAUACUCCUAAAAAGGGAAAGAAAGGAAAGAAGGGGAGCAAAGAGGGAAAGCAGAAGCAGCAGCAGCAGGAGGAAGAGUCAGAGGCACGGCCUCUCUCGUUCUCCCCGGCCGUCUCUGGUGGUGUGCUGGCUGCUUGCAGGUCCCGGUUCUUAUCCUCGUUAGAAGCUCUUUUCAAGCAGCUGGACUAUUUCGUUAAGAGCCCUGAGGGGAGGGAGGUGGAGAGGGCUUUGGGGGCGGGGAGAGAGGGCAGAGAGGGGGAGGGAGGGAAGGAAGGGAAGGGGACUAAAGGCGUUCCUGUAACGAGUGUGAGUGUGAUGGGUAUGAGUGUAAAGGGAGCAGGGUUGUGGGUGGUGGAGCAGCUAGUAUGGGAGGCAGAAGGGUGGAUGGAAGGGAGGAGGGGAGCAGGUGUUGACAGCAAAAAGAUGGACGUUGAUGUGAAAGAGGAGAAGGGGAGUGAUGAGGAAGAGGAGGAGAGUGAGAAAGAGGAGGAGGAGGAAGAAGGGGAGGAUGUGGAGGAAGUUGCAGUAGGGCUAAAAGAGACACUCAAGCUUGUUGCUGCUCAAGCGACAGAGGAGGGGACUGAAAGCGUCACUCAAGCGACCCUGCCAGUCCCUGCUUUUGCUUCUCCUCUGCUGGACGCUCGGAGGAAGGCUGUUGGGGUGCUGCUAGGGACGCUCCUGCUCUGCAUCCGCAUCCAAACCUCUGCCGAAGCUGCUGCCGAAGCUGCCGUCGAGGCUGUUGCCGAGGCUGGUGCGGGUGGGAGAGCUCGAAAAGCAGGUAAGGACGAGGCUGAUGGGGGUGGGGAUGAGGAGGAGGAGGAGAAGGAAGAGGGUGCUCCUGCUGCUGCUGCUGCCGCUGCUGGUGCUGCUGGUGCUGUUGCUGGGGGUGGUGACGUGGAUGUUCUUCUGGAAGCUGCUGCUGACGUCACUGCCAUUGCACGCCAGCUGGCGGCGUCUGGUUGGGUGAUUCCGAAGGGAGGGAAGGUUGGAGCAAAUGGGAGCAGGGGAGGGAAGGGGAGAGGAGGAAAGAGGGCGGUAGACGGUGAGGAGGAGAGUGAGGAAGAAGAGGAGGAGGAGGUGGAGGAGGAGGAGGAAGAGGAGGAAAAGACAAAGGAUGUGAUGCUGUCAUUGGUGGACGUGGUUUUGUCCUUACUGGCGCAGGAAUCGUCUCUCCUGAGAGGGGCGGCGGAGGGUGUCUUUAGCGCCUUUUGCAACGACUUGACUGCCGAGGCGCUUGAGACUAUAAUGGAGGUGGUUGUAACGAAUCCUAGGAGCAAGAAGAGAGAGGAGGUGUUGGAGGGGGAGGAAGAGGAGGAUGAGGAAGAGGAGGAGGGAGAGGAAGAGGGGGGAAGUGGAGAGGAAGGGUCUGAAGGCGAAGAAGGCAGAGAAAAGGAGGAGGAAGAGGAGGAUGAGGAGGAGGAAGACGAGGAGGACGUCGCAUUAAGAAAAGCUAUCAAAGAAGCCAAUGAAAACGCAAGCAUCAACGCAAACGGCAGCGGCAGCAUCAGCGACAGCGACAAUGAAGAGUUGAUGGACGAUGCGGCCAUGUUCCGUAUUGAUCAGCAUCUGGCCGACAUCGUUCGUCAGAAAGUGGAGGCGGAGACUCGGCGCAAACGCCGGCAGAGCAUCUUGCUAGGGGAGCACUUUCGCCUGCGCGCUCUCUCCCUCCUUGACACGUGGCUUGCACACGCUCCCAGUGCCUACUCCCACGCACACUCCCUCUCGUUAGAAGAGCCUCAUUUGUUAGAAGGUCGGAAGCCGCUUUCGUGCGAUCCGCUGGUGCUUGCGGUGGUGCCGCGGCUGCUGAAGGCGGCAGCGGGGAACUAUGCGGCGAAGGGGAGCUUGAAGGGCGGGAAGGGCGGGGGAGGCGGCGAGGGGAGAGGGGGCACGGGGCAUGAUGCGGUGCUGGUGAGGGUUGAGAGGAUGCUUGAGAGGCGGGUGGUUGGGGCUGUGGUGGUUGUGGGGGGAGGAGGAGGGAAGGGAGGGGAGAAGGCGGGAGGAGGGAAGGGGAAAGGAGGAAAGGCAGGUGCUGCUGCUGGUGAGGAGGAGGAGGAAGAGGAGGGAGAGGAGGAGAUGAGGAGGAUAGCAACAGAGAGGCAGCAGGAGCAGCAGCAGGAGAGGGAGGACGAGGCAGUUCUGCAAGCCGCCCGGGCUGCCAUGCAGGAUUGCUUUGCAGAGGCCACCCGGCGAACCUCCAUCCGCCACCUGGCGCUCGUCGCGGGAGAUUGCGCCAUGUGGCUCUGCCACGUCAUCCAGGCGCGGCUCUUAGCCAAGUCCCAGCGGGAAGCCAAUUUCAAGCAUGAUCAAGAGAAAAACUCCAAGCCUCAGCAGCAGCAGCAGCGGGGGAAGAAGCAGCAGGGGAAGCAGGGCAACGCGUUUAAGGCAUCUUUGAUCGACCUAGCUGUCCAAGACGCCUUUUCUUCGGCCAUUUCCCGAAUCCUUGAUUCUCGGGAUUGCCCCCUCCCCUUGACCUUCAUCCGCGACACUCUCGCUCGCUUCCCCGGAAUGUUUUCCGCCCUCAUUCCGUACUUUUUCAGUAAGUGCGGCUCGGGCAGGUCGGAGUUCGUCCGGGCAGCUGCGAUGAAACUCGUCACGCCGUUCCUGAACCGUUUUCCGCUGCCCGAGGGGGCUGCCGAGGUGCUAUCCGGGCAGGUGGAAAAGGGGGUGGUGGGGAAUCUGCUAAUUGAAACCCUAAAGCAUGAGUAUGGGAAGUUAGAGCGGUGGGAGUUGGGUUUGGAUUUCUGCUGUGCUCUGCUGCGUUCUGUAGGCCAUGCAGACGAGUUCUUAGCAGCAGCUGCUCUCAAGGCAGACGAAGAAUCUUCUAAGAAGGUUCCAAACGGCAGUGAGACGGUUGGGAGUGAAGGCUCGGGCGUCCCGAAGCUCCUCCAGGCCUUGGACGUUGAGGGGCUGAAGGCAGCUUCGGCCGAUCCUGCGUCGGUGCAACGGGUGAAGGGGAAGGGGAGGACGGGGCAGGUGAUUUCUCAGUUGCAGCGGCUGGUGGCGGCUGUGGAGGCAGUGAGGGAGGGGAGGGCGGGGAGUUUGCGAGAGGGAGUGAGUGUGGUCAUGGGCCGUGUGAAGGGAGGGAAGGGGACUGCGGGUGAGGAAGAGGGUGGGGAGGAGGAAGCGGAGGAGGGAGAGGGGAUGGGAAAUGGGGUUCAGGUGAGGAGGCAGAGGGGGCGAGAGGAAGGAGGGGAGGAGGGGCGAAUGGGGGGAGGAGUGGAAGGGGGUGUGAGUGCGGGGAGGGGGGCAUUACGAUGGCCCAAGAUGAGGUGA